AUGGCACGCCUGAACGCUAGAGGGCGCUGAGUAAAGAGAACUCAACAGAACGGUAGUGACCCUGUAGUGGGCGUGGCCUUAAUGCUGCCGAAGAAAGCUAACCGCUAGCUUCCCGGUGCUACAGUCUCCCUUUUUAGCCGAACAUCAUGGUCCAACUGGUGGGUUCCCUUCGAAAAGAGCUGGCGGACUCCCUGUACACCUGCAAGGUCCUGGUGGUGGGAGCUGGAGGGAUCGGCUGUGAACUGCUGAAGAACCUGGUGCUCACGGGCUUCAAGAACAUCGAAGUGAUCGAUUUGGAUACGAUUGAUGUCAGCAAUCUGAAUCGGCAGUUCCUCUUCCAAAAGAAACAUGUUGGAAAGUCCAAAGCGCAGGUGGCGAAGGAGAGCGUCCUGCAGUUCUGCCCGAGUGCGAAUAUCACAGCCUAUCACGACAGCAUCAUGAACCCUGAUUACAACGUGGAGUUCUUCAGGAAGUUCAUGCUGGUGAUGAACGCUCUGGAUAACAGAGCGGCGCGGAACCACGUGAACAGGAUGUGUUUGGCGGCCGACAUUCCUCUGAUCGAGAGCGGCACGGCGGGUUAUCUGGGACAAGUCACCGUCAUCAAGAAGGGAUUGACAGAAUGUUACGAGUGUCAGCCAAAGCCGGCCCAGAAGACCUUCCCCGGCUGCACCAUAAGAAACACGCCGUCUGAACCCAUCCACUGCAUCGUCUGGGCAAAGUACCUCUUCAAUCAGCUUUUUGGCGAAGAAGACGCAGACCAAGAGGUGUCACCGGACACGGCAGACCCGGAAGCUGCAUGGAAUCCCGAGGAGGCUGCAGCUCGAGCUUCCGCCUCUGAAAAGGACGGAGACAUCAAGAGAGUCUCCACCAAAGCGUGGGCUCGCUCCUCCGGAUACGACCCCAUCAAACUCUUCAACAAGUUUUUCAAAGACGACAUUAUGUACCUGCUGACCAUGGACAAGCUGUGGAAGAAGAGGAAAGCCCCCACACCUCUGGACUGGAAGCAGCUGGAGGACAAAGCUGCUCCGGAGGAGGAGAGUCCAGCCACUGGUCUGAAGGACCAGCAGGUUCUGGGGCUUUGGAGCUGCUGCCAGCUCUUCAAGCACAGCGUGGAGACUCUGAGCUCAGACCUGCAGGAGAAGGGAGACAAAGCCGAGCUGGUCUGGGACAAGGACGACCCUGCAGCCAUGGACUUCGUCACCUCCGCUGCAAACCUGCGAAUGCACAUCUUCAGCAUGAACAUGAAGAGCCGCUUCGAUGUCAAGUCGAUGGCAGGAAACAUCAUCCCGGCCAUCGCCACGACCAACGCCGUCAUCGCUGGGCUCAUCGUGCUGGAGGGGCUGAAGAUCCUCUCAGGGGAGCUGGAAUCCUGUCGCACAAUCUUCUUGAACAAAUGUCCCAACGUCAGGAAGAAGCUUCUGGUUCCGUGCGUUCUGGACCCGCCCAGUAAAAACUGCUACGUGUGUGUGAGCAAACCCGAAGUCACCGUCAAACUCAACGUGCACAAAACAACGGUCCUGUCUCUGCAAGACAGGAUCCUGAAGGAGAGGUUCGGCAUGGUGGCUCCAGAUGUGCAGAUAGAGGAUGGAAAAGGAACCAUCCUCAUCUCCUCGGAGGAGGGAGAGACAGAGGCCAACAACAACAAAUAUCUCUCUGACUUUGGGAUCCGGAAUGGCAGUCGCCUCCAGUCUGACGACUUCCUCCAGGACUACACUCUCCUCAUCAACGUCCUGCACACGGAGGAGCUGGAACGAGACGUGGAGUUUGAGGUGGUCGGAGAGGCCCCGGACAAAGCCCCGCCCCCUCCGAGCAACCAGGAGGAAACCAACAGCAUCACCAACGGCAACAAAGACUCCGCCCAGCCGUCCACGUCCUCCAAAGCUCCAUCAGACGAUGAUGAUCUGAUGAUCGUGGACUCUGACGAAGAGGAGGUGGCGCCGUCCAGCUCUGCCGCAGCCUCCGGCGCCACUAAGAGGAAGCAUUCAGACCGGGAGAGCGGCGAGAGCUCCACCAAGCGUCCACGAACAGACCCGCCUGCCGCCGCGGGCGAUGAAGACGACGACAUCAUCGCUCUGGACUAACUCCUCUUCGAUCUUGAAGGACUUUUUUUUGUUUUUGGGAUAUAUGGCAGGUUGAUUCCGUACAGACAGUAGGCCUCUUUAAUGAAGAACAGUUUGUACUCUCGUCCGCUCUCCUCCCCCCGAACGUGUUUGUGUUUUCAUACUCUGACAUGACGCUGUAAAUAGGUUUUACAUUUUAAAAGUUUUGAAAAAUGUAUUUACCUUCUUGUUAUCGUAAUUGAGAUGCAAUUUUUGGUCUUGAAAAGCUUUUUUCUCGACGCCUGUAAGUGCUUUUUAUGCUUUUUUUUAUAUAAAUGUACUGUAUUUCUCAUGCUACACAAGUCAGGGUGUCUGUGCUUUUUUUUUUUUUUUUUUUUUAGGUCAAAUUGUAGAAGAAGCAGAUGAGAAAACCAAAAUAUUUUUCUUAUGUUGGAUUUUGGAUCUUAAUCAGCCCAAUUCUGUAACUGAAGCCGGGUUGAGGGUUCAAACCCUGAUAGUUUGUGGCCAUUCGGUGCCAAAAGGGUGUUUUGUUUGCUACCUCUUUUCCAGACCUGUGUUAACGCUGCACAACAAUGGAACUCCACCCUUUCCAGAGUGUCUAAGGAACCACAAAGAAGGCGUGUUGUGGUUUUUCUCUCACCUGCAGUUUGUUUUUCUAGACUCAGACGUUAAAAGAAUGUCCUCUUGUCUCUUCUGAAAGCAGCUGGAGGUGUCGCUCCCCUCCCUGCAGAGCUGCAGAUCAGUUUCACGUCGGGGGUCGGAUGGCUUUUAAGCUCCUCGUGGCUCUUCACGUGUGUCCAUUCCCACUGUGGUGCAGCGAGGAGACCCUUGUGGACCAAUCGAAUGAAGAUCGUUAAUGAAAACAUUUCAGAGGGUUCCUGUUUUGACAGAUUUGUUGUGUAAAAUUCUGCUGUCUUGUUUUGCACAGUUGUAGUUACUUCAAAAAAGCUCAAAUAAAAGAUUCUUCAGUGA